GCCUCGUGGUGACACAGAGAGGUCAUGUUACAUCGCUGUAUUGUGGUGCUUUUCGUAAGAACUGGCUUCCUCGUGAAGAAGAUUGAUCACGCGCUAUUUCUUGAAGCAUCCGCUGGCUUUUCCGUCGGAUACCCGCGUAGGCAUAUGAGGCAGAGCCAUUUGAGCUAGCUUACGUCGGAUUCGCUUCCCUUGGAUUGCAACACCAACAUUUCGCCAUGUCCACAAAAGACUCGGACAGCGCUGGCAUCGACGAGAAGGAGACUGCCCUCGUUGAGCAGAAGUCCCCGAUCGAAUCCGCCGAGACCGAAGAUGCAGAGCUGCUAAAUCCUGAAGUCAGGACAGCUGCUGAGCGCAAGCUUGUGCGCCUUCUGGACACAAGACUUCUCCCGACGAUCAUCAUAAUCUUCCUCAUGAAUUAUAUCGAUCGCGUUGCGAUCACAUCUGCUAGAUUGCAAGGAUUGACACAAGAUCUGGGUCUUACUGGUAUUCAAUACAACACCGUCGUUGCUAUCCUCUAUGCGACAUAUGUUCCCGCGCAGAUACCUUCAAACAUGAUCCUGAACCGUAUCACAAGGCCUUCUCUAUAUAUACCGAUUUGUGUAUGCUUGUGGGGUCUCACUAGCGCAAUGACCGGGGUCACGCAUAACUAUACUGGCAUAAUCCUUUGUCGUGUCUUUAUUGGUCUUCCUGAGGCAGCGUUCUAUCCUGGCGCAAUGUAUCUACUCUCACGUUGGUACACCCGCAAGGAAUUGGCAUUCCGAGGCGCAAUCAUCUACGGAGGACUUCUCGUCUCUAACGCAUUCGGGAGCCUCAUCGCUGCUGGAAUCCUCGGAGGUAUGCAAGGCAAACGCGGAAUUGCUGCUUGGAGAUGGCUCUUCUACAUUGAGGGCUCGAUCACUGUAUGCGUUGGGCUUCUUGCUAUCUUUCUGCUACCAGACUAUCCCCACAACACGCGCUGGCUGUCUCCGGCACAGCGCAGGCUUGCUCAGGUCCGUCUGGCGGAAGACGCCGGCGAGGCAGAUGAGGAUGGAGUUCAUGAGUCUGCUUUGGUCGGACUAAAGCUCGCCUUGAGGGAUCCAAAAGUGCUGGUCUUUGCUUUAAUGUGCUGCUCGCAGUUGCUUGGACUAGGUUUCAUUAACUUUUUCCCAACCAUCGUCGAUACCAUGGGAUACUCCACCACAAUCACUCUUCUUCUCUCUGUCCCCCCGUGGAUCUUAGCCACCAUCGUCUGUGCGGCAAAUGCUUGGAAUGCAGACAGGACUGGUGAACGGUUCUUCCAUCAAUGCUGGCCUUGGUGGGGCGUCAUCAUCGGCUAUAUCAUUGCUGUGUCAUCAAUGGCCACCGGUGCUCGAUACGUCUCCAUGUUUUUGAUGGCAUGCGGUUACGCAGGAUUUGCCUUGACAGCGGUAUGGGUCUCCAACGCAGUGCCACGACCACCCGCGAAGCGCUCUGCCGCCAUCGGAAUUGUAAACGGGUUCGGGAACAUCGGAAAUCUCAUUGCAUCGUAUACAUGGCAAUCCAAGUGGAGCCCCGAAUACCAUCAGCCGAUGUACAUCGGCAUCGCCGCGCUUGCAUUUGCAUCCUUCCUUUCAUUCGUGAUCCGAUGCAUCCUGGUGUACCAAAACAAGCAGAUGGAGCGGGAAGAAGAGGAAAUCCUGAAAGGAGACGGCCGGCAGCGGAUCGAAGAUGCAGCACGCUUGGAAGGCCUCACAUUCGAGGAGGCUAUGCAGCGACGGAGGAGCUUCAGGUACCUCUACUGAUAAGAUUACCCUUGUAGCGGCCACGUCUACGUGGGCCCCUCUAUUAUCAGGCGGAGGGACGUGUAUUUGUGACUUGUAUUUGUCUUCCAUGGACUGUCAUGUUUGUACGAGUAGUUCUCGAAGUGAUCGA